ACACACACACACACACACGGAAAUAAUUAAGCACACGUCAUUAAUGUAGGUGUGACAGUGUGUAAUUGCUUUGAUUGUGUCCAAUCUUGUUGCGCCACAGGUAUCAGGGUUGCCAUGCAGCACAUGUUGAACUUUAAUAGUAUAAAACAAAUUAGAUUUAUAUAAACGCAUAGACAGCAAAGAAGUGCACACUUCACCACCAAGAGUUAAUGAGGUGCUUGGUGUCUUAACUACACGCGCCUCCGUCUUAUGACGUCAUAACGGUCCCUUAUAAACCAAAGCUGCGCACUUUCCUGCAGAGCGAAGUUGCUUUCGACAGAACAUACUUAAAAUGAGCUCUUCACGCGCUUACUGCUUUUUUAUCUUCUUUUUAUUCUACUUUAUUAUCUACUUUUUGAGUGCAGUGCGGGUCGGAAAAUGCACGCCACCGACCUGCUACUCACGCGCUCUCCAACUCAGUAAGGAGAUAAUGGACGUUUUGGAGAAGACGCACAGGUCUCCGCGCACGAAAGACUGCGCUUUUAGGUUCCCUAAAAUGUUUCUGGAUAUUCACAAUUCCUGUGUGACCCUUAAGUUGCAAGACUUCAUUUAUGCGCUGGAGAAUCUGCCAACGGAGCACUGCAGGACGCGACCUCGAAUUGUCUUGUUGAUAUGCAAAAUCCGCAUGCUUUAUGAGAUCAUAAGACGUGCUUGCUAUCAGGACAUAGUGUUCCGGACCAGCGACUGUGAGGCUCUGGAUACGGGUAUCAGUCAACCACAAUACAUGGAGGAAACACUGCAACUACUGGAGGACACAAUAUGAGAUAGCCAGACACACACACACACACACACAAUGAAAACUGAGAAAGUUGAAAAUGUACAAAUACACACACACAUACACACACACAAUGAAAACUGAGAAAGUUGAAAAUGUGCAAAUACACACACACAUACACACAAACAAAAGCAUGUUUUUGUGUGUGUUUGAGAGACUGAGGGAGAAAGAGACUACAUUCCAGCAGCAAAAGGAAAAUUUUCUACCGGAAACAGUUUGAAUAGCCACUGACCGUGACUUAUUUAUCGUAACACACACACACUUUCGUGUGUAAAUUGUGUAAUGGUCCACUGAGACAGUGUAUGAGCACUCUGAAUUCUUUUUUCCCCUUGUAGCUUUGGCUAUAUAGUGCUCAUUGCUUAACUCUUCACUCUUCCCUCCUUGCUUACCACAAAUGGUCAUGCACCAUAUCAUUAAAUGGGUCAAAAUCAUAUACAUCAUCUUCAUCUUAACAUUCAGUUUUAAAGCCUUUCACUCAUAGUCUUUCUGUGUAACUAACUAUAUUAUAGCAGGAAUAUGCAUAACUACACGAACAAGCUAACUUUGUAGCUAUUGAUAGUAUGUUUCUCCAAUAACAACCGUGUUGUGUAAUGCUUACCAGAUGUUAAUUAGAAUCUAUUCAUAGUUCCAGUGACCACGAAAUGAACUGUUUAUGAUAAUGCUGAUUGGUAAAAUUUCUGAGCUUGUUGCAAACAAUAGCAUUAACAAUGUUAAAAAUGAACAGCGCAGUUUUUGUUUUAUCUUUAUAUCAAGUAGAGUUACUGGUAACUCUACUUGAUAUAAAGAUAAAACAUACAGUAUGUUAUGUAACUAUAAAACUAGUUCUUGUUUAAUCUGAAACUAGGUGGCAUGCAGAAUGAGUCUUGCUCCAGGAGGGUACUGGGUUUUUACACUUUCCUAAAUUAUACCAAAGAAUUGAUCACGAACAGUAUCAGAAAGCAAACUGUGGUCAGACUCUUAGGAAAAAUUAGCUCCACUCAAACAAAAUAUACAUAUACAAAUUGUAUUAAAUGUAUAAGAAUGA